UUGCCAUUUGUAAAAUCCUGCUGUAAGUCGACAAAUGGCUGAAAUUCUCAGCCUUCUCAAGCAGGCUUAUCUUCUUGUACACUUCUGAGAUAGAAUACUUUCCUGACAAAAGGCUGAUAAUUAUAUAUUUUUACCCUCCACUGGCUAUUCAGGUUGCUCUGAAAGUGAGAAGGAUGCCAACUUUGAGUUCUCUGAUGUCCUUAGAAAUAACCAACUUAUAUUUAAAUCUCAUAGAAUUUAUAAUUCUUUUAAAUUCUCCCCUCAUAAAACAGCACCAACAGAAUUUCUCCAAAACUUCUAUUAUAGUAAUACUCAGUACAGUCAGUCAAAUUCUUUAAUGAAUCAUAGACCAAACAACCCCUAAAUUAGGACUAACUCCAAACAAUGUCCGCUCAAAUCUCACUUUGAUGACCCCAAUACUUCACACCCAAAAUAUAAACUUAUGAAUAAUCUAACCCUGUAAAUUAUGCUAAAAUUACCUGACUUCUUUGACCUUCGAUGCUAUUAACUUCUUCUAAAUUUGGUGUUAAUUUAUUCUAAUAAAAUAAGAAGUUCUAUUUCAAGAGUCCAAUGACUCUCUCAGAUAGUGGACUUAGGAGGAGACAUAACUUAAGCUAGGUCCUUGGAUGAAUGAUAUGAUUGCUAUUAGGCUCUAUUUGAUCUAGACUUAUUGAUUAGAUAGGUUUUGAUAUUUGCAGUCUGUAUUUUAAUCUUAUGAUGACAUUUGGGCGAACCAGUUUGAGAAAUAAUCAUCAUUGGCUAGGUGGAUCAAGUUAGUCUAGGGUAAUGAUUUUGUUGUAAAUCUAACAUUGUAU